AUGGCGACGCCGAGGCAGAUCCGCAUCUCCCCAGCUGAGACGGGCGUCUUGAAGUGGAAGCAGACGGACGAGGCUGCUGCCAAAGUCUCGGAGCUCUUGCAGAAGGAUUUGGAGAGUCAUCAUGUGUUUUUCAACAAAGAGGGCUUUCACAACCAUAUAGUCCACCACCUCCUCUCCCUCUACGCAACCGGCGCCUCCCCCGAGACCCUCGAAAAGGCCUACGCCCAAAACGACUCUUACCAAAUCACCGCCAAGGAGUUCAACCCCGACGUCGUCAAGGAGCUCAAGAGCGGAUGGUCAGAGGGCAGUCCCUAUCUCGGAAAGGGAGACCACUAUCCCGACUUUCUCAAGUUCUUCCAGGACGAGAUUGCGGAGAAGGGGUGGGAGAAGGUGCUGCAGGAGUAUGUCUUUAAGGGCGAUGAGAGGAGCGAGGCCAUCUAUGGACGGCUCUUUGCCGGCUUCUUACACCCCCUGAUCCAGCUCAUGUACGGCCUCGAAUGGCAACAACCCGCCAUCAUCGCCGAGGGCCUCGCCCAAGCCGCCGUCCACGAGAACCGCGUCGGCGGCUUCCUCACCAAAGUCGAACAAGCCGCCGCCGCCGCCUCCUCCUCCUCAUCAUCAUCAUCAUCCUCCUCCUCCUCCUCUUCUCUCAAGAAGACGCCCCUACCCGAGAUAUUCGAAUCCAUCCGCCAGCACAGCGACAAGCUCGCCACGAGCGCGCGCUUCGGCGACAGCAACAAGAUCUACGACGGCGUCUUCGUGCGCGCCCCCGACGAGGCGCUCGCCCUGCUCAAGCGCGUCACCGUCGCCGAGGACGAGCUGGAGGAGAAGACGGCCGAGAUGGCGCAUGCGUGUGCGUAUGUUGCUGCGGCGGCGGCGUUCCAUCCGCCGAACGCGCCCAAGUUUGACUUUUUCUUGAUCCACCAUCUGAAUUCGGUCCCCUUCUUCGUCACACUGCUCUCCUUCCCCUGGCUCACGCCCGCCCAAAAAGCCCGCGCCCUGGAGUGGAAGAUCCGGCUAGACAUUGUCCAGUACGUAGCCCGCGGCUGUCCGCCCCUUCGUCUCGACUCCGUCAAAUCGUUCGUCCCAAAGGAUGAUGCCUCUGAAUCCUCCUCCUCCUCCGUGAAGAAGCCGGAGGACUUGCUUCCGCGCUUCCAUGCGAUCAUGGACGACGGACAUACGAUCAAGGUCGUGCGCGCGCUGUUCAUCGCGAGGGAGCUGUCGAGGCGGUUUGCGGAUCGGCCGUGGAUUCGGAUCGCGGACGACGAUGACUGGCUGAAUGUGCAUCGGCUUCUGCUGGAGAGCAGGGAGGGGAGGUUUGGGGCUUCGAUGUGGGUGAGGUCGGCUGGGUUUGAUGAGGCGUGGGAGGAUGUGCCCAAGGCAGAGUAA